AUGCAGAAGGUAGUGAUUGUGGGCGCAGGCCCUGUUGGCUCGCUGGCUGCUCUUUACGCUGCUAUGCGAGGUGAUAGCGUUGAGCUCUACGAACUCAGAGGAGAUCCGCGGGAUGCUUCGACCAUCCCGUUAAAUUUCACAAAGUCUAUCAAUCUUGCUAUUUCUGAACGUGGCUUGACCGCGAUGAGAUCCGCCAACCGCCCAGGGUUCAUUGAUAAUGUCUUGAGUGAAGCAAUUCCAAUGACUGGCCGCAUGAUCCACGGACGUAGUCCCACGGGAGCCCUAUGGGAGGCUUCCCAGGAUUAUGACGUGCAUGGGAGGUACAUUAAUUCAACUGACCGCGGGAAACUCAACACAUCCCUACUUAAUGAGCUGGAGAAGGAACCAAACGUCAAGCUAUUUUUUAACCAUAAGCUUACGGGUGCCGAUUUCAAGAACAAAAAGGCCUGGUUUGAACAAAAGAACCCCAGUGACAGCCCUGGCUUUAGGUCCACCUCUGGUGAUGAUAGCAAAUCCAUCAACGUUACCCGUUCUCCAGAGCUAGAGGUAUCAUUCGACUUUCUAAUAGGGGCUGAUGGUGCCCACUCGGCUACGAGGUACCACCUCAUGAAAUAUGCCCGUAUGGACUACCAGCAAGAAUAUAUUGACUGUCUAUGGUGUGAAUUCUGCAUUGGGCCCUCCAAGGAUAACGAAUUUAAGAUUUCUCCAAACCAUCUGCACAUCUGGCCCGGAGGCGACUUUAUGUUCAUUGCGCUCCCAUCCCUUAAUAAGACCUUUGUUUGCACGCUUUUCGCCCCCUCUGAGCAUUAUGCAGCUCUGGAAAGCGAUCCCAAUAUCCUACUUGAGUUCUUUCAGACUCAUUUCCCCGGUGUCUCUCCCGAGUUGAUUCCGCCAGAGGACCUUAUCGAACAGUUCAACACCAACCCUCACCUCCCCUUAAUCAGCCUCAAAUCUUCUCCCCAUCAUUUUGGUUCCAGCGCUGUUAUAGCUGGUGAUGCUGCUCAUGCCGUUGUUCCGUUCUAUGGUCAGGGGCUUAACGCGGGCCUUGAGGACGUUAGGGUUCUUUUUGAAAUCCUGGACAAUCACGGAGUGUAUUCUGAGUCCAAUAAGGGUGAUCCACAACGAAUAGAGAGCCUUCGUGCAGCUGCCCUGGAUGCAUAUACCCGCCAGCGAGUUCCAGAUACCCAUGCCAUCAAUCGCCUCUCUAGAAACAAUUUCAUCGAAAUGAGGGCAGGUGUGAAGUCACCGCUAUACCGGAUGCGGAAAGCCCUUGAAGAGGCUCUCUAUAAGUAUUUCCCUGGACUUGGUUGGUCUACCCAAUACGCUCGUGUUAGUUUCAGCAACGCGCGCUAUUCAGAAGUGGAGAAGGCUACGAAAAGGCAAACAAAAGUACUCACGAGGGCAGUAUUAACCACCUUUGUCUCCUCUAUUGGCCUCGCUACGAUUGGGUUAUGGAAGUGGCGAUGGUCUAGAGACAUUAUUAUCGAAAUGAUGCAUACAGCAACUCGAAUUGCCAGAGGAACAGAACAUGUAUGA